GUUUAGGUCCUUUUUCCACUUUAUAACCAUAACAGCAUGGUGUGGUCGUUUACAUCUGUCAUACCAUGAAAUAAGAGUUAUUUUUACUUUGUAUUUGCGUUUUAUUAAUUAAUCCGUUGAAAGUAUAAGUUUUCAUCAUGCCUUUAUUGAUUGUGGUCGGGCUUCCUUCUUCUGGCAAGACAACGAGGGCCAAUGAGAUCAAGGAAUAUUUGUCUAAAGAGCACAACAAGGUGGUACAUUUGAUAUCUGACAAUGAGUUAUUUGCAAAGAAGUCUAUCGACAAAAACGCCCUCGUCUUUGAUGCGCAAAAAGAGAAGGAGGUAAGAGGCUGUUUGAAGUCAGAAGCUCUACGUCUCCUGGAAAAGGAAAAUGUUGUCAUCCUAGACUCUUCAAAUUACAUAAAAGGUUACAGAUAUGAACUGUAUUGCGCUUCGAAAAAUUCCAAAUCUACUCAGCUCACGCUGGAGACUUUAGGACCGAAAGAAGUCUGCUGGGAGUGGAACUGCCAGAGGCAAGAUGGUGAUAAAUACACAAAAGAAGCGUUUGACGCUUUACAUCUGCGCUAUGAAGCUCCUGACAACAGGAAUCGGUGGGAUUCACCUCUUGUCACUUUGCAAGCAGGAGAUUUAUUAAAUGGAUUGAGCAUCUAUGAAGCACUUUUUCUCCGGAAGCCUCCUCCACCAAAUCAAUCCACUCAAACUGCUCCUCUUUGUUCUUCAAAUUUUCUUUAUGAAUUAGAUAAAACGACUCAGGAUGUUGUAAAUGCUAUUCUUUCUGCAAAAAAACUCGGCUUGGAAGGUUCGAGAGUGAAAAUUUCUGGUUUUGAUAGCUGUGUACUAGAUGAGCUACCGAGCAACCUGACACCCAUCCAAUUGGCUAAAUUGAGGAGGCAGUUUUUAAAUUACACCAAAUUACACCCUCCAUCAAAGCAAAACGAAUCGCAAAUGAAAUUAGCACAGUUAUUUGUACAGUUUUUAAAUACUUCUUUAAAUAGCUCAUAAAAAAUAUAUGUUAUUUAAAAUUGCUUUUUA